AUUAAACUAUGCCCCAAAGGGGGUUGACAAGGACAGGUAAGAAUGGUAAAUCACAUCAAUCUUCAAGAGAAGCUGUAGCAAGCCCUAAUUUUACUAGAAAAUUAGAGGGUACUGGGUGGGACUCUGCCCCUUGAUGUUAAAAAGGAGAGCUAUAUUGGUAGAACUUGAUGGGAGGGUACCAAAGCAAAACAGGGCUGGAGGCAAUGAAGCAAGAAGUUGAGAAAAGAGAAAGGCAAGAAGACAGAUUUGGAAACACUGGGUUGGGAAUAGUUUUAAAAUACUAAUACCUUCCAGAACGUUCUAUGUGUCACCCAUGCAUUGGGCACUUCCUAAGUAUUUUCUAUGCUUCAUCUCCUUCAAGCCUCAUAAUAAUAAUAUAAGACAGGCUUGUGAUAAUCAUCAUCACUGAAGCCCCAAAAUGAUGGGAACUCGGUAGGGGAUGUCACAAGAAUGGCUACAGUACAGUUUUCCCACAUUGACUCUUCCUUGGGGUUUUAUUCAUCACCCUGUGUGAUGUGACAUCCAUUCCAUCCAUUCCCCCAGAGAUAUAGCUCUCCAAACCCUCAGAGAAGCCUGUGGUAGAGUUUUCCUCUGUGCAAUGUGCCCUGGGGCCUCUCACAUGGGCUCUGGCCAGCAGACAAACAUUCCCUGUCCCAGCCAUUCUGAGACAGAGCCCACUGACACCUGGCUUCAUCCAUCCUGAGAAAACAAAGCUGGGGGAAUUCCCCUGUCUGUCGCCACCCUGCCGGCCACAUGUCUUACAUCUGUGGCCAGGCCAGAGACAAGUAUGUGGGCUCCAGGUACAGGACUUCCUAAGUCCAGGGUUUCAGGUCACACUGGCGAAUCAUUUUGCAAACAAAUGCCACAGGUCUCCUCUCAGACUGGACAGCAUGCAAGGUCAGUGUCAGCAGAUCUGACCCUAAAAAUAGGCCCUCUGAGCCAGUCCAGGAGGCCGAGUGUGCGACUGCCACACACCCCAAGGACCUGUACCUCUUAACCUGGCCAGGCCUCCAGCACACACCCAGAAAGGAAAGAAAAUCCUUUCGCCCCCAAAUGACAUCGGGAGACACAAAGACAACCCUCAAGAAUGCCUACCCAUGUGCCAAGAGGCUGUCCCUACAGGAGGAGGAAGGGGGGGAGGCUGAGGACUACUGCACCCCUGGAGCCUUCGAGCUGGAGCGACUCUUCUGGAAAGGCAGUCCCCAGUACACCCACGUCAACGAGGUCUGGCCCAGGCUUUAUAUUGGUGAUGAGGCGACGGCACUGGACCGCUAUGGGCUGCAGAAGGCGGGCUUCACGCAUGUGCUGAACGCGGCGCACGGCCGCUGGAACGUGGACACCGGGCCCAACUACUACCGCGACAUGGCCAUCAAGUACCACGGCGUCGAGGCCGACGACGUGCCCACCUUCGACCUCAGCGUCUUCUUCUACUCAGCCGCUGCCUUCAUCGACUUGGCACUCCAGGAUGACCGGAAUAAAAUCCUGGUUCACUGCGCCAUGGGCCGGAGCCGGUCAGCGACUCUGGUCUUGGCUUACCUGAUGAUUCACAGGAACAUGACCCUGGUGGACGCCAUUCAACAAGUGGCCAAGAACCGCUGUGUCCUGCCCAACCGGGGCUUCCUGAAGCAGCUCCGAGAGCUGGACAAGCAGUUGGUGCAGCAGAGGCAACAGGCCCGGCAUGGGAACAGUGAGCUGGAGCUAUAGGGCCUCCUAGGACGGAGCAGGGACACUGGGACCCAGAAUGGAUGGCUGAAUGUGGUGUUGGCCAGAGACUUUGCUGAUCAUGAAGAAGAGACAGUGAAGCCAAAGCCUGGGCACAGGGAGGAUUUGUAGUGGUCUCCUUUGAGUCCAGGACUGGUUCUCGGUCUUGGCCUCUCGGUGUGGAGAGCAGUGGGUGCAGACGAGGUACCGUUCUGCAUAGUCUUUAAGUUGGAAGCAGAAAGGGGUUUUUUAAUG